AUGAGCUACAACCUUUUUCUCCUGGCUUUUGUCCUGGGCAUUACUGGAGCUUUCCAGUAUGGAUUGCAAGUCUCCAUUAUCAAUUCUCCUGCUGAGUACAUCAAAGGUUUCAUCAAUGAGACCUGGCUGAAGAGAUAUGGCUCUUCUCCCAGUGCAGAAGUGAUCACUUUGAUGUGGUCCUUUAUUGUGUCCAUUUACAGCAUCGGUGGGCUUCUGGGUUCCUCGUCUGCUGGAUAUUUAUCUGUAAGAUUUGGAAGGAAGAAGGCCAUGCUGUUUGCCAACAUCCCUGCUCUGCUGGGUGCAGCUCUGCUGGGACUCAGCCGGCUGUGUGGAUCCUUUGAGAUGAUCAUUGCUGGACGGUUGUUUUCUGGCAUGUGUGGAGGUUUAGCUCUGAAUAUCCAUAUCAUGUAUGCUGGGGAAUGUGCUCCACGGAAGAUCCGCGGGCUGAUUGCCAUUACAGCUUCUACCUCCAUUGCUGCUGGAAAAUUCGUAGGAUUUGCACUGGGUCUCAGAGAAGUUCUCGGAGUGGAGGCUCUCUGGCCAAUUCUCCUGACAGCCAAUGUGAUCCCUUCCCUCGUUCAGCUUCUCACCCUCCCCUUCUUCCCAGACUCUCCCCGCUACCUGCUCAUUGACAAGAAGGACAAGGAGGGAUGCAUCAAAGCUCUGAAGCAGCUCUGGGGAGAUGGAGACCAUAUGGCUGAAAUAGAUGACAUGAUGUCAGAGCAAAAAGCCAUCCGUGGGGAGAAGGCAAAGAGUGUUUGGGAUCUGCUCCGUGACAGAGCUGUGCGCUGGCAGGUCAUCACUCUCUUCCUUGUCGUCUCGUGCAUGCAGCUCAUCGGGGCCAAUGUGGUUUACUCUUAUGCAUACAGUAUCUUUACAAAGGCUGGAAUCCCCCCUGCUCAAACCCACUAUGUGUCRCUGGGGAUUGGGAUCACUGAGAUCCUCUCCACAGUCCUGUGUGGUCUCCUCAUUGAGCGUGCAGGGAGGAAGACACUGCUGUGGAAAAAYUACACUGUGAUGGCCUUGGCUCUAGGGCUCCUCACAGUCACCCUCUUCCUACAGGACUCCUUUUUCUGGGUACCAUACUGCUCUGUUGCACUUGUCUUUAUUUUCAUCAUGAGCUUUGGCAUUGGGCCAGCUGGAGUACUGUGCCCCUUGCUCACAGAAAUAUUUAUUCAGUCAUACAGACCAGCUGCUUACGUUUUCAAUGGUGUUUCGAACUGGAUCCAACUCUUCAUCCUUGGACUUUUGUUCCCRUUCAUUGUGGAAGGUCUUGGUAAUUUCUGUUUCAUCAUUUUUCUGUCAUACUGCCUCUCCAUGGCUUUUUAUGUAUUCCUGGUGCUGCCAGAGACAAAAGGAAAGACCAUGCUGCAGGUCAUGGAGGAGUUCAACCGCCUGAACUACCGUGGAAAGAAGGGACAGGCAGCACUACAGCAGAGUAACUGCUCAGUGAUUAAUGUAACUAGGCUUUAAGAACAAACCCUCCACUUCAUAUUUUGCUCUUUUGUUACUGUAGUGCUCARAAACUCACUAAACAGGACUGAAUCCAUAGAUCCCCAAAAAGAUCACCUGCAAUGCAGGGUGCAGGAUGAACUGGGUGGUUCUCUCCAGCUCCUGAAAUAUGAGCUGAAUUAAUUCCUCUGCAGAAAAACAAUUAACACAGGGUAUAGAGAAAUAAGAUCUUUGUCAGUCUCUCCAAGCUUGCAGUUGUAAACUGAAAACACAGGACCUGUUAUUUUCUUGGCAAAACCGGGACUCUACAGCUGGAAGAAGUGAGUCUGGAAGGUCCAGAGGUACAGCAGGCUUGCAGAGAAGACAGAGUUUUGACACUGAAGUUAUCUGCUCCUAUUAACAAGUCAGUGCUGAUGAGCUUUCCCAGAGAAGAGGCUUCAGUCCAGAGGAAAAGAGAUGUUUAGCUCUUCAAUCCAGUGGAAGAAAAGUGCCWUGCCUAUCAGAAGAUAGAAUCGAUAUGCAAUGUGCCCCCUACAUUUACAAUUUUGGAGAUUCCUGUAUUGGGAUAAAACAGGGUUAUGUCAGCACUGAAAGAAAGCAUGAGCGAAGAAAGCAGAGCUGCAGGAAAUCAUGACUGGGCAAAUCCAGUGGGCAGAUCCUCCUUCUUCGUUAACAAUGUGUAUGUAAUGUGUCUUCAGCCUGGAGAACACUGCAUUUCAAUGGGAUUGAGCUCCUGAGAGUAAUUGGUACUGACGAGACAGAAAAGAGGGACACCUCUCCUGGAAAGCCCAAUCAGUAUGUGUGAGUGUUUGCUUCUCUCUCCAGGUCUAGAAAUACUUUAUGGUUUCGUUACAAAACCUGGUUAAAAGGGCUUCUCAUUUGUAUUCAUUGCUAUAUGACAUGACAAUUUUUUGGUCUUCUUAAUGCUUUACAGUUUACUGAUAAGGAAAUAAAAGGCAAUGACUAGGAAAAGACAUCCUUCUCAUUGUGCCUGGGUUUGGUUUUCAUUGAAUGAAGAGUUAGGGACAGAGGAGAGCUCAUCUUUUGGGAUGGUGUUGUUGGGGUUAAGGAAUACUGUGUCUGUCUUGUUCUGGAGAUGAGAUCUUCACUGAUGCAGAUGYUGCACAAUAAAUUUUGCA